UUCUUCGGGGGUGCGGCGGCCGCUGUCCGUGCGCCCCGGUGUGAGCUGCUGGCACCGGCUGUCUCCGCCUGAGGUGUCGCCGUAGCCGCAGCAGCCUGGCCUUGCCCCUGUAUCACUAAGGAUGAGCCCCCGCGCUGCCCAGCGCGCGUCCCUCCCUGCCCGCUCGAGUCCAUUCAUCUAGCGACUGGUCUCCCUCGCAAUUAUGGAGUUUUAGAAGAAUAAGGUAGUGUGGAGGGGGAAUCCCCCUCUCCACACUUGAGGUAGUUCACUUUUGGAAUUUUGUAUGGACAAGAAUAUUUGUUAUAUAAGAUGGUGAAAUAAGACUUCUAAAAAUAUAUAUUUAUAAAUAUUUAUUUGGAUCAAGUGCCAAACAUAGCAGUAUAAAGAUUUCUAAUGGCAGCUCAAUAAAACUGGAUUUACAUCCUUGGAAUUACAAGUUUUUUAAGGCACUGUGGUGUGUACUGGAGUGCCUUGAUACACUUAAGGGUUGUUCCCCUUAAGGAGAGGAGCAGCUUCAGAAGUGAAGAUGAGUUCUCUUGUACCAGACUGCACUUCAAAAUGUCGAUCUCUACAGCAUGCUUUGGAUGUUAUUUCUGUGGUAACCAGAGGAAGUGAAGGCCAGAUCAAGGCCUGCCUUUCUUCUUACUGCUACAAUGCUGCAACUAUAAAGGAUGCCUUUGGAAGAAACGUUUUACAUCUUGCUUCAUCUUGUGGCAAAAAAGGUGUGCUAGACUGGUUGGCUGAGACCAAAGGAGUAGAUCUCUUGGCGAAAGACAAAGAGUCUGGAUGGACAGCUUUGCACAGAAGUAUAUUUUAUGGAUACAUUGAUUGUGUUUUGUCAUUACUGAAGCAUGGUGUUAGUCUAUACGUUCAGGAUAAAGAAGGCUUAUCAGCACUGGAUCUGGUGAUGAAAGAUAGGCCAAUCCAUGUGGUCUUCAAGAAAACCGAUCCUACAGAAGUCUACACCUGGGGGAACAAUAUAAAUUUUACUUUGGGUCAUGGUGGUCAACAGGGUAAACAUCAUCCUGAAUUGGUGGACCUUUUUCCUCGAAAUGGCGUGUAUAUCAAACAGGUGGUGCUCUGCAAAUUCCAUUCUGUGUUCCUUUCGCACAAAGGUCAAGUUUAUACAUGUGGACAUGGACAAGGAGGACGCUUGGGUCAUGGUGAUGAACAAACGUGCCUGGUUCCAAGACUUGUGGAAGGCUUAGCUGGCCAUCAGUGCUCUCAGAUAGCCGCAGCUAAGGAUCACACUGUUGUUUUAACAGAAGACGGAUAUGUUUACACGUUUGGUUUAAAUACUUUCCAUCAAUUGGGUAUUCUUCCUCCUCCUGCUAAUUGCAAUGUUCCUAGACAGGUUCAGGCAAAAAACCUGAAAGGGAGAACGGUGAUUGGAGUGGCUGCAGGCAGGUUCCAUACAGUGCUAUGGACUAAGGAAGCAGUGUAUACCAUGGGGCUGAAUGGCGGCCAACUAGGUUAUCUGCUGGAUCCUAAUGGAGAAAAAUGUGUAACUGCACCUCGCCAAGUUUCUGCUUUACACCAUAAAGAUGUCUCUGUGUCCUUGGUCUCUGCAAGCGAUGGUGCCACAGUAUGCGUUACUGAAAGAGGAGAUAUUUAUUUACUUGCAGACUAUCAGUGCAAAAAGAUGGCUUCAAAACAGCUGAACCUUAAAAAAGUUCUUGUUAAUGGGGGAUAUUUGGAGUAUAAGGUAGAUACCCAGCAUCUUAAAGAAAAUGGGGGUCAGAAGAUUUGCAUUCUAGUGCUGGAUGAAGCUGGUAGAGUGUUCUGCUGGAAGUCAUCUAACAACUCCAUGAAGCAGUGUCGUUGGGUGUAUGGCCGGCAAGUCUUCAUGUCCGACGUUGCUUUAAAUAGGAAUGAAAUAAUGUUUGUCACACAAGAUGGUGAAGCCUUUACAGGGAAAUGGCUGGAAGAAGGGAAAAAAAUCUCAGAAAAGAAAGAACUUGUUUCGAGCCUUCAGAAUUCUUCAUGUGAUAUAUCUUGUGAACAUGAUACUAACAGUGUGUAUGAAAGAAUUCGACUUCAGAAGCUUACUUUUGUCCACCGAGCUGUUAGUAUUGCCACCGAUCCUAAUGGUUGCAAUUUUGCUGUUUUGCAGUCAGAUCCUAAAACAAGUCUCUAUGAAAUUCCAAGUGUGUCAUUAUCAAGUUUUGGAGAGGAUUUUGGCAAACUGUUAGAGGAAACGGAUGAAAUGGACAGCAUCCAUGAUGUGACUUUUCAGAUUGGCACAAGAACGUACCCCGUGCACAAAUACAUCUUGGCUGUACGCUCUGACUUCUUCAGGAAGCUCUUUGUUUCCAGUGACAACCAGCUAGACACUCCAGACGUCUACCGUAAAGAUGAAGAUGCUGUUGGAUGUGAUCUUUAUGUAAUAGAGAAAGUUCAUCCAGAUCUGUUUGCAUACCUUCUGCAGUUCAUAUACACUGAUACUUGUGAUCUUUUGACUCAUGGUUAUAAACCAAAAAUCGUGCAUAAAGGAAAAUCGGAAGAAUAUCAAGAUACUUUAAUUUCUAACCUGAGCAAAAUGAGUUUUGAUGAAAAUGUUAAUGGGAAGUCUGCAUUUGACAUUUAUAGAAAUAAUCAAGUGCAAGUUAUAAAUGAAAAACAGAAGAGCAAAUCUAAAAAAGGCAAAGUUGUUGGUGAAGAAGCUAACCUCAUAAAAAUGCUGCAAAGUGCUGCAAAGAAGUUUGGACUCAGCAAUUUAAGUGGAAGGUUGGAUGGAAUCAGGUUGGAAAAUGGAAAAAUUAAUGUUGUCAACAAGAAGAAUGGGAACAAACCAAAGUUAAAUCAGAAGAAAUGUUCAUACCUCUGCGAUGUGACCCUGAAAUCUUUAGAUGGAAAGGAAUUCCCGUGUCAUAAGUGUGUACUUUGUGCAAGACUUGAUUAUUUUCACAGCAUGUUAAGCAGCUCAUGGAUUGAGGCUUCCUGUUGUUCAGCUCUGGAAAUGCCAAUCCAUUCUGACAUACUACAGAUAAUUGUAGAUUACCUGUAUACAGAUGAAGCUCUUGCUAUAAAAGAUUCUCAAAAUGUGGAAUUCAUAUGUAAUGUUCUUGUGGUAGCAGACCAACUUCUUAUAUCCAGACUCAAAGAAAUCUGUGAAGUAGCUAUUGCAGAAAAACUUACUUUAAAGAAUGCUGCCGAGCUGUUGGAGUUCUCAGCAAUGUAUAAUGCUGAACAGUUAAAACUGUCCUGCUUGCAGUUCAUAGGACUCAAUAUGGCAGCUUUGCUUGAAGCAAGGACUCUGGAUGUCUUAAGUGAUGAAGUUGUGAAGGAACUUUCUGUUUAUUACAGGAAAAUGAUUCCGGCCAUGGUCAGGAGAGUAAUUACUCCAUACCCAGAUGGACCUGACAUAAGUUCUUUUGAGCCUGAAGAUGGAGAGAACUUUGUCUUUUUAAGGGAAGAAAUGAAUGCAGAACAAAAUUCUCAGGAAGCCCUUUUCAAAAGAGCAAAAUCUAAGGCAAAAAAGAAGCCACGAAAACGGUCUGACAGCUCUGGAGGAUAUAAUCUAUCAGAUAUUAUUCAGAGUCCAGCCUCUACAGGCUCAAUAAAACUGGAUAAAACUAACUCUGUAGAAUCACUUCCAGAACUCUUAACAUCUGACUCUGAAGGUAGCUACGCAGGAGUGGGUAGCCCCAGAGACUUGCAGUCCCCUGACUUCACAAAAGGAUCUCAUCCAGAGAGGACUGAGAUGAAGGACAAAGCAUGCAGUCAGGGUGUGAAACCCUCUCAACCUAACAAGGAGAUGAAGUUAUACAAGGGAUCAUCAGUGUUGACACAGUCUGUUCCACAGUCCAUUCCCAAAAACAACUCUGCAAGCUCUCCCAAUUGGGUAGCAACCAGUUUCAGCCCUGCCAGCCCUCCUGCUAUGGAUCUAAGAACCAUCAUGGAAAUUGAAGAAAGUAUGCAGAAAUGUGGAACCAUGCCAAAGGCAAAUUCAGGCAGAAUGGCAUCUCAUGGAAUCAAACUUUCUCAGAAGCAAAGGAAAAUGAUUGCCCUGGCAGCAAAAGAUAAUGGAUCAGUAACUAGCAGCAUGGAGCCUACUACACUAACAACUGCACCACCCCCACCUAUGAAAGUUGCAAAACUAGGGAAUGCAUGGUCAUCUUCAUUACAUUCUACUUUGCCAAAGUCAUUCCGUGAUCUUGUAAUGGAAGAAGAAAAAUGUAUGAGUGCGAAUAAUUCACCUGGUACUGUUAUUAAAAGAGCUGGAUAUAAAGGAACUGAGGAUUCAUUAGUCCAAAACACCACAAGGUGCAACACUAGGAGUAGCCCAGGUCUGGAAGACCAUAUUCUGGAUUCUCCACAGAUGGAGAGUUGUAAUCCUUGGUUAGCAGCAUCACCAGCUAGCUCUCCUGUGACAGCACCUGUCAUGUUUUCAGCUAUUGUUGAGGAAGAGCUCCAGCAGGAAGCUGCUCUUAUUAGGAGCAGAGAAAAACCUUUGGCUUUGAUCCAGAUUGAGGAGUGUGCUAUUCAAGAUUUAUUAAUCCACUAUGAAGCUUUUGACAACCCUGAUGAAUUUGUGACUGUUGAAAGGGCUCCGCAGGGACCUAUAGCAGCACCUAUGUGGAACAAGCACUAAUUCAUACCCUUCACAGCCCAUGUUGUAUGUGCACUUCUGAGGUUCUCAUUCUUGCUACAAGUAAAACAGGACUGGAAGAACAGGAUUUAUGUAAUUUUUAACAUCAGCAUUAAAAUUCUGCACAUAAUCACUAGGUAUUUGUUAGAGAGAACGGAAAUAAUGUGUUCACUGUGUCCUUUACCCACAGUAUAUAUUGUAUGUAUGUUUUGAGAGAAUUUCUUUAACAAGACUUAAUAUUAAUGUUACAUGAAGCUGUAGAUUGGAAAUGCGUUUACUAAUCUUAAAUUGCGAGGGAUUUUUGUUAAAUUCACAGGUCGCUGAAAAGCGAGUGCUUAUUUUGUGAUUUAAUGUGGAAUUGAAUGUGCAGAAUUAUACAUCUUUAAAGUUGGGGGGGGUAUCUUCUUCAGAGCUUGCUGGCAAAUUGGGACUAUUGGAAAAAGUUUGUGCUUAAACUUCAUGUAAAAAUACAGUUUGAUAAUGCAGUUAUCCUUAAGUUAUGUGUUUAAGUACUGGUUCUCUGAUUGCUGCAGCCAGUACUUUUUACUGUCAUGCUACACGAUGAACUUCUAUGCUGUACCUAAGUGCCCUGCCAUUGCCUGCUCUCAGUUCAGUUGUGCAUGGUUUUUUUCACUGUUGUGAGACUGGCCUUUGAGCGGUCAGCUCCGUUGUGAAGUAAAGCACACAGUUGAAUAGAACGUGGUGGCACUUAAUUAGCUCGUCUCUAGUCUUAUUCUGGUAAACAUGGUACAGUUUUAGAACCACUGUGUUUAAGGUACAACUCACUUGAAGUGCAGAGGAAAUAAAAGAUCUGUGUAUUCACUGUUAAAGCUAUAGGGAUGAAUGCUUGACUGUGGAAUUUGCAAACACCUUCAAAGAUUAUCAUAGGUGGCUUUCAGUAUUGUGUGUUCCAAAGUUCUCUGUGCCUGGUUUAAACAAAUUUAUAUAUGUAUAAAAAAAAAAAAAAGGAAAAAAAAUUAGCCUUAUCUGCAAUAUUCUGUCUAGUUUGUUUGUUUGUGUAGGUGUGUUUUGAACUUGUGCUUUUUCAGUAGUGUCAGUACUCGUGAACUCUGGAAAACUGGAAUUGAGAGAGCUAUGGGAAAUGAAUGUAGAGAAUUGAUCACUGUGUGGUAGAAGAAUCUUGAAAAUACCUAUGUAGAUAUGUCUAAUAGUUUCAGGUCAAGCUACACCAAAAACUCCCCCACAAAAAUUGUAAACAAAUGCAAUAAACCAUAAAAUCUUGAUUUACACAAAGUUAGUAUACUUUUAUGUGCUGUCUAUAUAUAACCAAUGCUUUAGGUAACUAUAGAGUAAUCUAAAAUAUUUCUUUUGUGUGUGAAACAAGAACUGUAGGUAUCUUGAAGUGAUGCAGGCAAAGGAAGAUGUAGCUUUUAACUCUAUAUUAAAUUCUACUGGUGAUUCAUUCACUGUACUUGCAUUAAGUGCUUUACUUGUUGCACUGCGGGGCCUUAGGGCCUGCUGAAACUAUCCUUCUAAUUAAAAGAAAGCUUAGGUACUGUGAGAAAUAGCUAUAAAAGCUAAAAGUGGGCCUUUCCAGGUGUGAACCCAAUUUGUUAUCAAAUAUAAAAAUAUUGUAAAGUUGCUAAUCUGCAUUUUAAUUCCCCUCCCCCCAUUGAUUAGAAUAUGCUGUUCAAAAUGUAAUAUUCCUGUCAUUAUAAGAGGAUGCAUGCUUCCACAGUGCCGAGGAGCUUGAUGACUUUUAAGUUCAUGGUUUAUUGCUGCAGUGUGCUUAUGGUUUGUCCCUGGUUAUACUUAAUGUUCACAAAACAAAGUGAAGAAUGAUCAGUGUACAGCCUUUCUGAAGUUGAGAACAGUUUUUAAACUGUUAAAACAGCUUAAGGCUAAAAUAUGUCACAGACAGCUGUGUAAACUUACAGAUUCCCUUUUUCUUUAACUUCCUUAAAACUUGGAAAUUAACAGAAUUUAAAAAUGUCUGAAGUAUACUUAAAAUUCAAAUCAUAGUGGAAACAAAAACAAGUUUCUAAAUCCCUGGAUGUAUACUGGGGAUAACUUAUGGAACACAUGAAAACUCAGACAAAACCCCAAACAAGGCAGUUGCAUUAACAGAUGUAAAUGUCUUUCUGUGGAAGAGGUAGAAUUUAAAUUUUUUGCAGUAUCAUAGAAUCAUAGAAUGCCCUGAGCUGGAAGGGACCCACAAGGAUCAUCAAGUCUAACUCCUGUCCCUGGACAGGAUGGCCCCAAAAUUCACACCAUGUCUCUGAGGGCAUUGUCCAAGUGCUUCUUGAAUAUUGUCAGGCUUGGUGCCUGGUGAGCCUGUUCCAGUGCUCCAGCACCUGCUGGGUGAAGAACCUUCUACUCUCCAACCUAAACGUCCCCUGGCACAUCUUCCUGCCAUUCCCUUGGGUCCUGUCAUCGGUCACCAGAGAGAAGAGAUCAGUGCCUGCCCCUCCUCUUCCCCUUGUGAGGAAGCUGCAGACUGUGAUGAGGUCUCCCUUCAGUCUCCUCUUUUCUAGGCUGAACAAACCAAGUGACUUUAGCUGCUCCUCAUAUGGCUUCCCCUCUAAACCCUUCACCAACUUUGUGGCCCUCGUCUGGACACUCUCUAGCAGCUUUAUAUCCUCAACAUACUGUGGCGCCCAAAACUGCUCACAGUGCUCGAGGUGAGGCCGCACCAGCGCAGAGCAGAGCGGGACAAUCACCUCCCUUGACCAGCUGCAAUGCAGGGCUUGGUGCACCACAGGACAUGGUUGGCCCUCGUGGCUGCCAGAGCAUGCUGUCGGCUCAGUUUCAACUUGCCAUUGACGGGAACCCUCAGGUGUCUCUCUGCAGAGCUGCUCUCCAGCCUCUCGUUCCCCAGUUUGUAUGGACAUCCAGGGUCGCUGUGCCCCAGGUGUAAAAUCUGGCACUUGCCCUUGUUAAACUUCAUGCAGUUCGUGAUUGCCCAGCUCUCCAUCUGUCCAGACAUCUCUUGAGGGCCUCUCUGCCCUCGAGAGUGUCAGCAGUUCCUCCCAGUUCAAUUGGUAUUCUUUCAAGUCCUGCAUCCAAGUCCUUAACAGAGAGAUUAAAGACUACCCGCCUCAUACUUUGCUUUGAUCAAAACCUAUCAUUUUCCAGUAUUAAUGUGAGGUCAAUAUAUAUUUUCUUUUAUAUCGACUUCAUGAUUGCGUUAUCAUCAAGAUUGAAAGCAACCCCUGGAGACUGCCCAGUCUACCCUCACGCCGCUCAAGCAGGCUCAGCCAGAGCAGGCUUCCUAGGCCCUGUCGAAUCAGGUUUUGAGUAUCCCCAAGGACAGAGAUUCUGAAAGAUGGGCAACCUCUUCAAGUGUUUUACCAUGAGGAUGGACAAAGGGCAUUUUUAUAUUUAAAUAGAAUUUCCUGUAUUUCAGUUUAUGCCCUUCCUUGAUUCUUGUCCUGUCAUUGGGCACCACUGAGAAGAGCCUGUCCCUGUCUUCUUCCCUGCCCCUCCAUCAGGUACUUAUGCACGGUGUAAGAUCCCCCUGAGCCAUCUCUUCUGCAGGCUGAACAGUCCCACCUCUCAGCCUGUCCUCAUAUGUCAAUGCUCCAGUUACCUUGUCAUUCUUUGCUGGGCUCUCCAGUAUGUCCACAUUCACCAUGGGUGUUAUUUUACCAGAUACCUUCUGGAAAAAUAUUUAGGUUUAUUUUAGGAGUUUUAAAACCUAAACAAUUCUGUUUAUCUCUGUUUACUAUAUAGUAGUAGAUCACUAUUCAUUUAGUGAAACAAGUUGAGACUUGCAGCUCACCUCAUUCAGUGGUAAGUGGGUGCCCACUGGUUUUAAUGAUCUUUGGGAACGUGCCUGUGGAUAAUACACUGGGAUUUUCUCUUAAGGGAGUUUCAUAUAACCUCCUUCAAAAAGAUGUCACUUUUUUUUUUUU